AUGCUGAUCCUAUCCUGUCCUUCCAAGUUGCAACUGCUAGAAGGGAUUUUGCGGAAAUGUCUUCCCCAGACCCUUUCGGUCCAUGGAGCAGUCAUGCACAUAAACCGUGGGAACCCAGCUGGGCAUGAAGUGCUUGUGGAUUCAUGGCCAAAGUUCAAAGCUGUCCUUACCCGGCCAUGCAGAGAGGUUGCCACAGAUGACUCUGAUUUCUAUACCAACAUGUAUGCAGCAUUCUACCAUGAUCGUGAUGCGUAUCGAACAAUCUUGCAGGACACAGAUGCUGUCAACUGGGCCCAAGCUUUCCGUAUCCAUGGGCACCAGGAUGGGAUAUACGAGGUCUCCCAAGAUGCUGCUGCUGCCAAGCAAGUGCAAAUCUCACCGUCUUCCUACUUCACUUACUUGCACCCUGACCCAAAUAAAAUACACACGCGUCAGCUAGAUCCCAGCCUGAAGUUCUCCACUUUGAAUAGCUCCCAUGUUGACCUGCUGAAUGAAACGUGGGCCUACGGGGGCUGUGAACACAGUCGUGGGUACCUGGCCACUUUGGUGCACUCCUUCCCCAGCAGCUGCAUCCUGGACAGCAAUGGACGCCUGAUCAGCUGGAGUCUCCUUGAUCCUUUUGGUGCACUGGCACAUGGCUAUACCCUCCCAGAGCAUCGUGGUCGUGGCUAUUUGAGUAUAAUCAAUAAAGUACUGGCCAUGCAUGUCCAUGCAUCUGGCUACCCUAUAUAUGGGAAUGUAGCCCUCGAUAACGUGCGCAUGCAGAAUUUAAAUGAACACUGGGGCUACCAGAAGUUAGGUGCAUUAUGCCACAUCAUUUUACACACCCCUAAAUCCUCUGCUGUUUCCUGAGGAUUCUCCCAUCCUGGAGAGAAGGGCAUCAGAACACUGCCUCUC